AUGUCACUCGACGCUCAGACUAUCUCCAAUCUUAGGAGCACCAUCGAUUCGGCGUGUACUGACGAGAAAACGGAUAUUCCUGGGGUGACUGUUGUGGUUGUUGGAAAGGAUGGUAAAGAACUGUUUGCCCACUCCUCGGGCAAGCAGGGCAUCACAUCUAAUGCGCCCAUGACACUCGACAACAUUUUUUGGAUUGCGUCGUGCACAAAGAUGCUCGUGGGGGUGGCUUGUAUGCAGCUCGUCGAGAAGGGUGUCCUGACUCUUGACGAUGGCGACCAGGUGGAGAGCCUCUGCCCGGAGCUGCGUGAUAUCAAAGUGCUCCAAGAGGAUGGCACGCUUGAGGAAAAGAAGACGAAGAUUACUCUUCGUAUGCUCCUCACGCAUACGGCGGGAUUUGGAUAUAGUUUCUUCAACGAGCGUAUCCGUGACUGGUCCAUGCCGGCUGGAUUGAAUGAGUUUUCAGGUCGCUUCGAAGAUAUCAAGAUGCCACUUCUGUUCCAACCUGGGACAGGGUGGGAGUACGGCGUGGGAGUCGACUGGGCUGGAGUAGUUCUUGAGAGAGCAACUAGUGCCACUCUCAACGACUACCUCCAGAAGAAUAUCUUCCAGCCGCUCGGAAUCAGGAAUAUGUCCAUGAUUCCGAGUAAGGAGAUGAAACAGAAGAUGGCUCAUAUGCAUGCGAGGGAGAAGGAUGGUGUCUUGAGGCCCAGGGAUCACCUCCAUCGCCGGGCCCUCGUCAUCGACCCAGACAACGAGUCCGAGGUGAAGCAGUUGUUCAACAGUGGCGGCGCCGGCAUGUUUGCUAAGCCCCAGGAGUAUACUCAGAUCUUGUCUGUGCUGCUGAACAAUGGCACGUGCCCUCGCACGGGGGUCCAGCUCCUACGCAAGGAGACGGUGGAUGAGAUGUUCACGAACCAGAUCCCCAAAUUUCCCAACUUUGGGCGCCAGGGAAUCCCUCCAUCCAAGCCAGACCAGACCAACGCGAUUCCAGAGAUAUACCCCGUCCCUGGGGAUCCGCCACAGGGCUGGGGCCUGACCUUUAUGCUGACCAACGGCGGAGUGACUGGAAGAUCGACUGGGGCAGCCAUGUGGGCAGGUCUGGCCAAUCUCUGGUGGUGGUGUGACCGGGAAAACGGAGUGGCGGGCAUGGUCUGCACCCAGAUUCUCCCGUUUGGCGAUGCCAAGGUGCUGGGACUGUGGGUCGAUAUCGAGGCGCAGGUGUACAAAGCACUGGCUCUAGCCAAGUAA